UUUUAGGCCCUGUAUAAAGCCCAGAAGGCCGUAAGGAGGCGGUCACAGAAUCAGAAAGUGCCCUUCUAUUUCAGUCCGAUGCCGGCGAUUACAACGACGGCUUUCAACGUCGGUUUAGCGGUUCUAUAGAACAACUAGUUUCUCGUCGUCGACUUGCGAUCAUCAGAUUUUUGGUCGGGCCUUGUAAGAUCUCUGAGAUAUGGCGGUAUUCACUAAAAUAUCCAAUGUUGUCCGUCGCUCAAAUAUUCGGUGGCAUGCAAGGUCGUUUGCUGCCUCUGUACCUUCUGCUAUGCCACAAGUCCAAAAAGUUCAGAAGAAGCUGUCAAGGGAUGAACGGAGAGCUAUGGUGGUGUCGUUUGUUAACAAGUACAGAGAGGUAAAUGCAGGAAAAUUCCCAUCUGUCUCUCUAGCUCGGAAAAAUUUGGGUGGUAGUUACUAUGUAAUUAGGAAGAUUGUUCAAGAGCUAGAAUACCAAUCUUUGGUAUCUCCUAUAAAAACAGGGAAUGAGGAUAUUGUAGGAAAAGAAGUAGCCAAAGAGAAUAAAUCAUCAAUGGAUGAAGGAAUUCGUAAAGAUGCUCAGGAAUUUGCUGUCAAUGAUGUGGAUGUUUGUGAUUACAGUUUAAAGCAUUCUGAACCAAAGAAAGGGUCACAAACUUCUGUCAUGGUAGAGGAAACAUUGUCCGAAGAGGUUCUGGAUACGAGGACUGGUGAUUAUUCUAAUUUUGUUGCAACAAAAAGUCAACUGCUAAAAGAAGAAGCUAAGGAAGAAUAUCAUCCAUGUCCUGAAAAAGCUGAGGAAGAUGUAAACGAGAAAACAUCCAAUGAUAUGCUGGAGCUUGAGGGUCCAAAUCUGAAUACUAAGCAGCAUCAACAGUCUCCUGAAUUGGAUAUGUUUGUGGGGGAAAAGCAGACUGGUGACCAACAGCUCCCAAAGGAUUCAUCAGUGUGGGGAAAUUUAAAGUCUUUUGCAAAUGGCAUUUUCAACAUGUGGAGAAAGCUGUAAAUUGUUGUUGAGGUAGUUUUUAGAACUAUGGCAUAGUUGAAUUUUGGCAUGACACUGGAAUUGCGCAUUUACUAUUUUUGUAAAUCGCCUUUAUAGUUAACUUAAUCCUGUUGGUCUUAGUUUUACAUGAAAUAUCCCUCAUUGUGUAUUUUUUUCUUCUUCUUAUGUUUAACGACUGCAUCUUAUUUGAAGCAUGUAGUAAGGACCGUCAACCCUAUUACUUGAUGACAUAACAAGGUCAGUUAUUUGUGGCCUGGACCA